UAUAUCUUCAUCAUCAUCAUCAUCUUCAUCUUCAUCAUCAUUUUCAUCCUCAUCCUCAUCAAUUUCAUCUUCCCACCCUGAGCAAACUCUUCAGGUUCCCACCAAUGAGUCUCAUGUUUUUUUUUCAACUGUUCACUUUUCUUUAAGUCUUUAGAUUUAGUAGUUUUAUCAUACAAUCCAAACAAUCAAAUUAAAUUGUCAACCUUUUAAUUGUUCAUCACCACAAUUAAUCAAUCCACCGAUUUCCCUUGUCUCGUUUAAAUAACUAAAUCUAUGACUUAAUUGUUUCAUCAAAUUGUGACCUGGUGUCAACUGAUCAACAUCAUUACCUUUUGGAUAUAUCCAAACCAUUUAAUAACAAUUAGUUUUGAUUGUCAUAAUUUGAUGUUUGUUUAUUGAUUAUCUGGUUAAUUGUUUUUAUGUUUGCUUGGUAAAUAUGAAUUGUAUUGAAUUUCAUUGUAAUCAACUUUCUAAUUGUUGUGUGAAAAGUUUAACACCGACAAUUAAGUUAAUCACUUGUUGGAUAAGUCAAAUUAGUUUGACGGUUCGUUAGAUCAACAAUUAGCAACAAAUAACUAAUCAAUCAUAUUUAAACGUGAUUUAAUAAAGUGUCAACAAUUAACUUCAAUGAACAUUUCAACUCUCAUUCAAUCAACAUAUUUAUUUUUCUUGGUCACUUUUUUCAACCUUAAACAAGAAUGCCAUGGAGGUCCCAAUGAAAGACGAUUACUAUCAAAUCUAUUGUAUGAUUAUAAUCCCCUUGAACGACCAGUUAUCAAUGAAUCCGAGCCAAUCCUUGUGAGCUUUCAUUUAACUUUGCAACAAAUCAUUGAUUUGGAUGAAAAGAAUCAAAUUUUACAGUCAAGUAUUUGGUUGAACAUGGAAUGGAUCGACACCAAUUUAAGGUGGAAUACAAGUGAAUAUCCUGGAGUUAAGAAUAUCAGAAUUUCAGCAGGUAAAAUAUGGACUCCUGAUGUACUUCUCUACAAUAGUGCCGAUGAUAAAAUUGAUUCAACUUUACACACCAAUGUGGUGGUGGAAAGCAAUGGUAGCUGUCUUUGGGUACCUCCGGGUAUUUUUAGGAGUACAUGUAAAGUAGAUAUUACUUGGUUUCCUUUUGAUGACCAAAAGUGCAUCUUAAAAUUUGGCUCAUGGACUUAUGAUGGUCUUGCCUUGGAUUUAAGGUUAUCUAAUGAGGAGGGUGGUGAUAUCUCAACUUAUAUACCCUCAGGGGAAUGGAUAUUAAUUGGUGUUCCUGCUCGUCGACGGGUCGUUCAAUAUGCUUGUUGCCCUGAAACUUACGUUGACAUAACGUUUUCUGUUCAUAUCCGUCGGCGUACUUUGUAUUAUACCUUUAAUCUAAUUGUCCCCUGUGUCCUAAUAUCAUCGAUGACCCUUCUUGGAUUUGCCCUUCCACCUGAUUCAGGUGAAAAAUUGACCCUUGGAGUGACCAUUUUACUCUCAAUGACAGUUUUCAUGCUUCAGCUCAGUGAAACAUUACCACCAACCUCUGAAUCAAUUUCAAUCAUAGGAACUUAUUUCGCUUGUAUCAUGAUCAUGGUUGCAUUUUCGGUGGUCAUGACUGUGGUUGUACUCAACUUCCACCACCGAGCAACCUCUGAAUACCAAGAGAUGCCUCCAUUGGUUCGUCGGGUCAUAUUGGUUUGGCUUCCAUGGAUUCUGAGAAUGGAAAAACCCGGAAUUAAACCGCCGCCGAACACAGGGAAAAGUAAAUCACCCGCCGGUGAAAAUGGAGCUGGAAACAAUUCUGAAAGUUGUAAUAUAAGUAUACCAGUAAUUGGAGGUGGUGGUAAAUCAUUAGCACAAUCAAAUUUAUCUAAUCAUCAUCAUCAUCAUAAUCAUCACCAUCAUCAUAAUCACUCAUGUACACGACAGCCAAUAACCGAUAACGAUUAUAAUACAAUCAGCUCAACAAUUAAAGGCUACUGUGAUCCAAUUACAAGAUUGAAUAAUACUUUUAAUCAUAAUUUUAAUUCAACUCAUCAAUUAAAUCAUCAUCAGUCACAUCAUACUUUACCUCACACCAAACAUUGGGAAUCAACCGGUAUCUGUGGUGGGGUAGGAAGCGGAAGUGAUGGAGCUCUUCAUCUUGGUUGUCAUGGUGGUGGUGGUGGUGGUGGUUUAUCAUCAUCUGGAAUUGAUGAUGAAUAUUUAGUUAAUUUAAUUGGAAACAAUAAUCAACGUAGUUCAAGUAAUUGUCCAUGCUGCUUAGCUCAUAAUCAACAUCAACAAGUUAAUCAUCCUAAUAAAUGUCCUUUUAAUCAACUUGGUGGUGCUACUUCAUGUAACACUAAUUGUCCAGGUUAUAAUUGUGAUCAACUGACCACUGAUCAUCAAGAUUCAACAGGUGAUGGUGUUGGUGGUGGUGGUGGUCAUCCUAAUGAAGUAAAUCCUCUGCUCAAUGAAUCAUCUUCAUCGCCUAAUCAUCAGCAACAAUUAACUUCUUACCAAUCAACUGGAUGUUGUUCAUUCAUUUGUAAGGGAAGGGAAAUUAGCGCCAUUUUAAGAGAGCUCAGAUUCAUCACCAACCGGAUGCGGAAAGAAGAUGAAAUUGAAGAGAUUAUCGGAGAAUGGAAAUUUGCAGCCAUGGUCAUGGAUCGAUUAUGUUUAAUUGUAUUCUCAUCAUUUACUGCCAUUUCCACUGCAGCCUGUUUAAUCCCACCAGCUAAUCUUCACUAAUCCAAUCCAAGAAUCUCCUCUCUCCAAAUGACCAUCAGCUGAUCAUCAUCUUCGUCUCCAUCAUCAUCAACAACAACAAUUAAAUAUAAACAAAGUUAUAAUCAAAAUGUACAUUAAACCUUAUGUAUAAUCUAAUUGUUACAUAAUCAUAUCGCUAACUAUUAUCAACUUCCAUUUAUUAAAUAAUUAAAAGUCAUUGUAAUAUCAUUGAUGACAAUUAGUUAAUUAUAAAACAAAGUUAACAACACUUAAUUAUUACAUGUUGUCUUAUUAACAACGAUAUUAAAUAACUAAUUUAUGAUUAAGAGCAAUUAAAACAAU